AUGGAGGCGCAGAUGAGAAACGAGUAUGCUGCUGCUGUGCGUAAGGCGAAGAAAUGUAGUGUGGCUGAUACACCUGUCACUAAGAAGCGCAAGAGCGAAGAUGUGCCGGCUGAAAGCUCCAAGAAGACCAAAGUUUCCCUGAAAGUUGGAGGCAUCACAGUCAACAUCGAGCAGAACUCUUUGAAGCUCGAAUCUGUGACUAAAAGAACGAAAGCUUCAGCUUCGGAUGCGCCAACAAAAUCGGCUACCGCAAAAGUUUCAGCAACACCCAAAGCUUCGAAAACAGCCCAGGAAUGCCUAACGAAGCCUCCUAAGAAGAUACCAGCCAAGGAGCCGUCGCCAGCAAAGAAAAAAGGCGAGACAGCCAUGUACAAAAUUACUCUGUCAAAGACCACACCAUCCAAAAGCACUUCCGAAGCGAAAGCAGAGCCACAAGCCGAGAUGCUCCAACAAUCCGGGUGGAAGAGGGAACCCAAGAAAGAACCGGCCUUCAAAAACCAAUCGACUAACAAGGAGGAAAAAAGCAUCAAGAAUGACGCUGCUGUUGGGGACGCAACUCUCUCCUACCAGCACGCUACUACUCCACAACGGCUCACAAUUCACGAUGAGCACAACAUCACUGGUAUACACGACCUACAGUGCGAACAAGUCGCCCUCCAGCUGCCCGAGUAUGUGGACAAGCUAGUGCUCCCCCUUUGCCUCGGCGGCAAGACGAUCUGGGGAGGUUUCGAGCUCGCCAACAAAUCCAGUGUCCUUCGCAUCGAUGGCGUUAAACUCGGGCAGAGUGUUUCGUUUGGAUGGCGUACGCGAGAUAGCUGGGACAGUGGUCGUCUGAAGUUCGGCCGUGGCUGCUUUGGAGAUGGAAAUGUAUGA